CAAAAAGCUUAACAACAAGGAAGUCAGAAAAGCUCUUCUUACCUUUCAACUCUUUUACUCUUGGAACCCACUAGAGCCCCUCACGAAUAUUGUGAGAUCUCAUGGCAAAUAUGCCAACCUUCCAAUUUCCCCCCCUCCCUUCGCCAAUCUCGCCAACCGAAAGGUAUUUUGACUUGGGAACCCACAGCUUUACAAUUAGCACCAAAAGCCAGGACGCUCAGACAUGGUUUGACCGUGGCCUUAUUUGGUCGUAUGCAUUUAAUCAUGAAGAGGGUUACCGCUGCUUUGAGCAAGCCCUUGCCCACGACCCCGAUUGCGCAAUGGCCUACUGGGGUCUGACUUAUGCAACUGGGCCCAACUACAACAAGUCCUGGCAGCUUUUCGAUCCCACUGAUCUUGAACAUAGCUUCAAGGUUUGUUACUAUGCAUCGAGAAAAGCCGAGGAGCUAGCCGACAAGGAAAAUAUCAAGCCAGUUGAACGGGCCUUAAUCAAGGCAAUUCAAUUCCGAUUCCCUGUCAACCGCCCGGUCUCUGAUUUUUCGGCUCUCAACAAAUCCUAUGCAGCUGCUAUGGAAGAAGUCUUCCUGAAGUACGGCUCUACUGACAUGGAUAUAACGACUUUGUACGUCGAUGCAUUGAUGCAUACUGCUCUUCGGAAGAUGUUUGAAGUCAAGAGUGGUGCUCCCAUUGAAGGAUCUCCUAUCCACAAAGUCCGAGGGAUCUUUGACUCGGCUCUAGCAAAUCGAGCCUCCGACUCACACCCUGGCAUUCUCCACUUCUGGAUCCAUUUCAUGGAAAUGUCCAAUAUGCCUGGUGUUGCACUCCCUGCCGCUGAUAAGCUUCGCCACCUUGUCCCAGAUGGUGGGCAUAUUCAUCACAUGCCGACGCAUCUGGAUGUCCUAAUCGGUGACUACCGGCGUUCGAUUGACUCCAACACCGCGGCUGUUAAUGCGGACGAGAAGUAUCUGGCUAAGGAGGGGGGUAAAAAUUUUUAUAGUUUCUACCGAUUCCAUAAUUAUCACUCUCUGAUCUAUGCCGGCAUGUUGUCUGGACAACUCAGGAUCGCACUUGAUGCUACUGACCACAUGGAAGCGUCCAUUACUGACGACCUUUUGCUAGUUGAUGUUCCGCCGUUGGCGGAUUGGAUGGAAUUUUUCAAGGCUGUCAGAGUCCACGUUUACAUUCGAUUCGGAAUGUGGGAAGAGAUCAAGGGUCUCCCAUUGCCUGAAGAUCAAGCUUUGUACUGUGUCACCACCACCAUGAUUCAUUACGGUAAAGGAAUUGCCUGGGCCGCGACGGGAGACCUCGAAAGGGCGGAUAAGGAGCGAGGGUUAUACCACACUGCUGCAAAGACAAUUCCUCCUACUCGCAAGGACUUCCCGAACUUGAUCUCCGACAUUCUUAAAAUCUCGGAUGCCAUGUUGGACGGUGAGAUUGAAUACCGGAGUGGUGACUAUAACAAAGCCUUCGCGAGCCUGCGGAAAGCCAUUCACUUUGAUGAUGCUCUUCAAUACACCGAGCCCUGGGGCUGGAUGGUACCUACCCGGCAUGCGUAUGCUGCCUUGAUGCUCGAGCAAGGACACGUGGAAGAGGCUGCCCAGGCCUAUGCCGAGGACCUUGGAUUCGAUAGCUGUCUCACUCGCGCUCACCAGCAUCCUAACAACGUUUGGGCAUUGCAUGGGUAUCAUGAAUGUCUUAAGCGCCUGGGUCGUGAACCGGAGGCGCGCAUUAUCAAGCAGGCACUUGACCUUGCCCUGCAGGUGGCUGACGUGCCAAUCCAAUCUUCAUGCUUCUGUCGUCUUGGAGCUCUUAAGUCUAAGGCCCAGGACAGAGGCUGUUGUAAAUAAGCUGCUGUAAAUAAGCAACUGUAAAUAAGCAGAUAGUCGGACGAAUCAAUAGUUUCUCCCUAUUGAGCCCAGACUGGCUCUUAUCAAUGUGGCUCACGUUGGGGUUUAGACCUGG